UGUAUAUAUAUAUCAUCCAUAAAUGGCAACCGGUAUUCAGUCCGUGACUGACAUUGGUGCAUGGGAAUUGUUACUCAUCACCGAGAAAAGCGAUCGAUGAAGUGCUGGCAGCAACGUGCGAGUGGUUGAGGGCGAUUAUUUUUACUGAAUGUGAAUGAUUACCGUAGUUACCUAACCUUUUAGUACCAUGUCCGCCUAAAACACUUCGCUGUUAAUGCUGCAUUCAUGAUUGUAACGCCGGAGUUUUCGAAACGCCGGCUGAGUGUAGAUAAACAAAACCGCGUGAUUACUGACAAGUGCACGAGCAAUUCUUCUAUGAGAUGAAUAAAAAUGAUUCGACAAGUAGAUACGGACCCCUCAUCGGCGCAAUCGAUGAAGGGACAAAUAAUGCCAGAUUUUUGGUUUUUGCUGCAGAUACAGCUGAAGUAUUAACAUAUCAUCAAGUCUCAAUAUCACAGUCGUGCCCAAAAGAAGGAUGGGUUGAACAAGAUCCUUUAGAAAUAUUAAAGGCAGUCAGGGAAUGUCUUCACCAAACAGUUUUUAAUUUAAGGCAGCUUACCAUAGAUCCUAGUGAUAUAGUUGCAGUCGGAAUAACAAACCAAAGAGAAACUACAGUCGUAUGGGACUCUAUUACUGGAGAACCAUUAUAUAAUGCUAUAGGAUGGAUGGAUAUGAGAACCACUGCAACUGUAGACGAAAUACUUAAGAAAAUUCGUAAUAAAAAUAAAGAUUAUUUGAAGCCUCUCUGUGGCUUACCAAUCAGUCCAUAUUUUAGUGCUUUAAAAUUAAAAUGGCUAUUGGAGAAUGUACCUCGAGUUCGCGAGGCAUUAGAUAAGAAACGGUGUAUGUUUGGAACCAUUGACUCUUGGUUGAUUUGGAAUUUAACUGGAGGAACAAAUUUUGGUGUUCACGCCACUGAUGUCACAAAUGCUUCAAGAACAAUGUUAAUGAAUAUCGCAACUCUAAAAUGGGAUCCAACACUGUUAUCAUUUUUUAAUAUACCACCUGAGAUUUUACCCGAGAUUCGAAGUUCGUCAGAAAUUUACGGUUAUAUACAAGAUGAAGUAUUGUCUGGAGUACCAAUAUCUGGAUGUCUGGGUGAUCAACAAUCAGCAUUAAUUGGUCAAAUGUGUUUGCAAAGAGGACAAGCGAAAAAUAGUUACGGCACAGGUUGUUUCCUUUUAUACAAUACUGGAACUGCUAUUGUAGAUUCGUCUCAUGGAUUGCUGACAACGGUUGCUUAUCAGUUAGGGCCAGAGGCGCCGCCAAUAUAUGCUCUUGAAGGUUCAGUAGCAAUAGCUGGAGCUGUUAUUCAAUGGUUAAAAGAUAAACUCGGCUUAUUAUCCGAUAUAAAAGAGUCUGAAUCUCUCGUGGAGCAAAUACCUAACGAUAAUCGUGUUACGUUUGUGCCUGCAUUUGCUGGUUUAUAUGCUCCAUACUGGAGGAAGGAUGCAAAAAGCGUUAUAUGUGGAAUUACAGAAGACACUAAUAGUACACAUAUUAUAAAAGCAGCUUUGCAAGCAGUUUGUUUUCAGACAAGAGACAUAUUAGAAGCCAUGAAAGCGGACACUGGUUUAACUUUAUCUAAAUUACUAGUAGACGGUACAAUGACUAACAAUAAUUUAUUGAUGCAAAUGCAAGCAGAUAUUUGCGGAAUACCAGUUGUGAGGCCGUUGAUGUGUGAAACUACUGCUCUCGGAGUUGCGAUAGCUGCAGGAACCGCAGAUGGUAUACGUAAAUGGGAUGUAAAAGUAGAAGUUGCUGUGCCAAAUGACACAUUUCUACCUUCAAUAAGUGAAGAUGAACGAGAUAUAUUGUAUUCACAAUGGAAAAUGGCUGUUAAUCGGAGUUUGGGUUGGGAACCAGUAACCGACACCAAUGAUAACACAAGGAGUAUCCAUAAAGUAACUGCCCCUGGCAUUUUUGUGAUAAGCACAAUACUUUUGAUUAUGAUUGCCAAGUAUCAUUCUAUGUUAUGACUGAACGAGUACAAUGCCACGUAUUGUAUUCGUUUCGAUGCAUUUGGGCAGGUCCUGUUUGCUAACAGAUGUUGUUUAGGUCAUAGCUUAAUAUAACUGUAUUGUCUAAUUGAACUUUGUAAAAGAGUAACACUAUUUGUAAGUAUGGAGAAAACUAAAGAGGAAAUACAAAGUAAAAGUGCCAUAGCAUUGUGGUAAUUUUUAUAUCAAACCAGAUGUAGAAGUUUAAAAAACAUUGUUUAAAAAUCUA